AGGAGCGGGCCGCUAUGGCGGGCAGGCGGCGGGGGCCAGUGCGGGUCGGGGCCGGGCUGGGCGUGCUGCUCUGCGCCCUCCAUGUGCAGGCAGCCUGUCGGGACACCACUGUCACACAGGAGCUCCUGAAGGAGGGGUUUCACAGGGACCUGCUGGUGAAGGUAGAGCUGGGGGAGAAUGCAGAAGGAUGUACUGUGGCAGCUCAGGUGCAUCUGCCACCAGGAAUCUACGUGGAUCCCGACGAGCUGGCAACGCUGCAGCAGCACAACCUGACAAAGGCAGUGUUAUCUCCUGAUGUCAUUGACGUGGAGGCUCCUGAGUACUUGGCCAAGGCGCUUGUGCUGCUGCUGUUCCUGGAGCCGGAGGCGCGCUGCUCCCGCUGCUUCCGCGGCGCCGUGCCCGUGCACGCCCGCUACCACCGCCCAGCCCGGGGCACACACCAGGCCUUGGUGGCUCUGGAGAGCCCAGAGGUGCUGCUCUGCUGCUGCCACGGAAUGCCUUCCCUAGGUCACCUGUCUGAAGAGUGCUGGGAACCUGCUGAAGUGGACACUCCCUGCUCAUCUGACACCACCAGUCCCUGUCAGUGGCACACCACAAAACACAGACCUGUCUGUGAAACCCCUCCAGAGGACUCCACCACUGCCCUGGGCAGCUGUGCCAGAGCUGGACAACCCUUCCCAAGAGGAACCUUUCCCAACAUCCAACCUGAACCUCCCCUGGCACAGCUUGAGGCUGUUUCCUAGGAGAAGAGCCUGACCCUCACCUGGCUCCAUGUCCUGUCAGGAGUUGUGGAGAGAGUGAAGGUUCCCCUGAGCCUCCUUUAUUCCAGGCUGAACAAUUGGUCAGAAUUGAAAGAGUUUAGAAAAUCUGAAGAGAUGUCACCCUAUUUCAUGAGUGGAAAGAAACCCUGGGAAGAUGAAAGUGAAGGACAGGAUAGUGACUAGAAGCAAAUAUUUAGAAGAUGUGCAUUCAGUCUCCAGGACAGUUGAUAAAUAGAAGGAAAUGGAGAGGAAAUGACCUAAUGGAAAAGCCGAGAGGCUCUGGAGCAGCCGAGCUCGGGCGCUGUCUGCAGCUGUCAGUAGGUGGCACUGGGAGCCCACGGUAACCCCGUGUGGAUAAAAGAGAUUUUAUUCCCCAUUAUCGAGUAAAUUAGUCAAAGCAGGGAAUCUAGGUGAGUGUGUGUGUGAGAGAGUGAAUGAAAAUUCCUUUCAUCGAUGUCCCUUGGGCAUCCUUCUCCUGCUGGAAUUGAGCAGAGUGAAUUCCUUGGGAAACAAUCCAAGAGAGAUUUGGGCUGUCCAGCCCUGCCAGCACUGUAUCACUUGUCUCCAAGUGGGAUGUUUCAUUCCCAGAGCUCAGUUUGUGCUCUGGAGGUGACUCUGUGUUGGAGCCUCACCCUUGGAAUGGCAACAUCCCAGAUUGCCUGAGCUGAGGGUCAGGAUUUCAUUGCCUGUUUUUUGAAAAUCACAGGUUGAAUCCCUCAGGUAAAUCAAUCUCCCUGACAAAGCCUAGGAAAAGGGAAUGGGAAUGAAACAAAAAAUAUUGCAGGUGGAAAAAUAUGGAAGUAAAGUGUAUAUCAAGAUUGCCAUCAAUCACCUUUUCAACUGAACCUAAAUAAUUGAUUCUGAUUCAUGUAAAUUAUGAGAGGAAUGGCAGAGCUUCACGAGGGGUGGUUUUUGUUGUGGCAAAUAUUUGCUGGUUUUAAAUCCAUGGCACUUGUAUUAUAAAUAUAGCAGACACAUUUUUCCUUACAAGCUGUAAAUUGAUAACUAUAGCAGUGUUAAUUACAAAGGAAUUUGCCAGUGAAUCUCUCUCUCAGAGCAGAAACUGCUGUCACUAAGGCAGCAGAGAAUUUAGCAGGUGUGCCAUGCAGGAGGAUUCAAGUGCCAGCUCCAGUGGGAUCACAGAGAUCAGAGGAGGAGCUGUGCAAAAAUUCUGGCAGUUUUGGAGACAGGAAUGAGGUGUUCAGGAGCUCUUGGCAAGAACCCACCAUAAGGAGGGUUGGGCACAAACAUCCCCAUCCUUAAUAUGUGUAAGGACUGAAUCAGAGCAGGGAAAGAAAAGGGGAUGGGGCAUUAAAGGCUGUAUUGGGGGUUAAGGCUUUCUGAAUCACAAAGAAAUGGGUAUAACAAA